UUAUCACAGCUUUUCGGUUGUGGGACAGCUGUUGGCAAUAAAUUGAAAUUAUUCAAUAGUGUACGAAAACGAAAAGUGAACCCGUUGCCGUUGUAUGUUGUGUUCGUUAACAUAACGCAGUGUUUGCGAGCAAUUUCACAGUGAUCCUUCAGCGACACCCGCAAUCGACCUGUGUUAUUGUCCGGUGUAUUACUGGAUUAAUAAUUAGGAGGUGUUUCAGGAAUCAAUUACAUAACAAACGUGUCGAGUGUGUUCUCGACCGCGAGAAACUGCAACAAACAUGGCUCGAAACAUCCUUAACAUUGCGAAGUAUACUCGAACGAUUCUCAAUCAGCAACAGAUACGGUGCUACUCGGAAGCUUCGGCUCAGUUCCCCAAAAUUACCACCCACUACACGAUAAAACCCCGUGAAAAAGAUCCACGAUGGGCAGAGGUCGACAUGGAGCGCUUCGUGGACGAGGCGGACAUUCUUAUUGUCGGCGGAGGGCCGGCCGGCCUAUCGGCCGCCAUUCGUGCGAAACAAAUCGCGGCUGAAAAGGGUCAGGAAUUGCGUGUAUGCUUAGUGGAAAAGGCAGCCGAAAUGGGUGGUCAUAUUCUCUCCGGAGCCUGCUUGGAUCCGGUCGCCCUAAACGAGCUCAUCCCUGACUGGAAGGAACAGGGUGCACCGCUGAAUACUCCCGUAACUCAUGACAAAUUUUCCUACCUCACGGAGUCGGGCAAGCUACCGAUUCCGAUUUUUCCCGGCUGGCCGAUGGACAAUCGAGGAAACUACGUCGUCCGGCUAGGGCACGUCGUUGGCUGGCUAGGUCAGCAGGCGGAAGCGCUCGGUGUGGAAAUCUAUCCCGGAACGGCCGCCGCAGAGCUGCUCUUCCACGAGGACGGCUCGAUCAAGGGUAUCGCUACCGGGGACGUGGGUAUCGGAAAGGACGGUUCGCCUAAGGACACUUUUGCCCGCGGUAUGGAACUACACGCGAAAACCACCAUCUUCGCCGAGGGUUGCCGGGGACAUUUAUCCAAGCAAUUGAUGACCCGCUUUGGGCUGAACGCACAAAACGAUCCUCAAACCUACGGUAUCGGGUUGAAGGAAGUGUGGGAAAUCAAGCCUGAAAACCAUCAGCCCGGUUUGGUGGAGCACACCAUCGGAUGGCCACUGGAUAAGAACACCUACGGUGGUUCGUUCCUGUAUCAUCUCAACGAGCCGACCCCGCUGGUGGCGGUCGGAUUCGUCAUCGGACUUGAUUACGUGAACCCGUACCUUAGCCCAUUCCAGGAGUUCCAGCGCUUCAAAACGCACCCGAAGGUGCGCGGAACGUUCGAAGGUGGUAGCCGUAUUGCGUACGGUGCCCGUGCACUGAACGAGGGCGGUUUCCAGAGCAUCCCGAAGCUUACCUUCCCCGGUGGGUGCUUGGUGGGCUGUGGGGCCGGUUUUAUGAACGUGCCUCGUGUCAAGGGAAGUCAUUAUGCAAUGAAGAGCGGAAUGCUUGCUGCGGAGAGUGCCUGUGAGGCGGUUUUAUCAGGUGCUACACAGGACAAGGUGGGCCUGGAGCCGACGGACUAUACUGAUCGCAUUAAAGAAUCAUAUGUCUGGAAGGAUCUUUACAAAGUGCGAAACUCUCGCCCCAGCUUCCACACCGGCUUGGGCCUUUUCGGAGGCGUCGCGUACAGUGGCUUCAGCAUUCUCGUUGGUGGCCGUGAACCGUGGACGUUACACCAUGGAUCACCCGAUCACACCCGUCUCAAGCCGGCCAAGGAAUGCAAACCGAUUGAGUAUCCGAAACCGGAUGGAAAGCUUACAUUCGAUCUGCUCUCUUCCGUCGCGCUCACCGGUACCAAUCAUGAAGGCGACCAACCGGCUCAUUUGACGCUCAAAGACGAUACCGUCCCGGUGAAGAACAAUCUAGCGAUCUACGAUGGACCGGAGUCACGGUUCUGCCCGGCCGGUGUGUACGAGUACGUGCCGAACGACGAGGGUGGCAACAUGAAACUGCAAAUCAACGCACAGAACUGCAUUCACUGUAAGACUUGCGAUAUCAAGGACGUGACGCAGAAUAUCAACUGGGUGGUGCCGGAGGGAGGUGGCGGCCCGGCGUACAACGGUAUGUGAAGCAACAGCGCCGUGAUCGUCUUCCAUUAUUCCAGAUCCGAAGAAUGUUGCCCCAAGCCCGGAGCGAAUUUGGUCGAAUUUAUCCGUUUAAGUAAUAAAGUUUUUUUCCUAUACAGUGCCGUUAAA